AUGGGUGGCACGCAAAAGUCUGAGGAAGACGGGUACGCCCUGUCAUGGCCACCAUCGCAGCGCUGGAACCCAAGCUACAAUGUCCCUAGAAACUCGCUGGAGCGAUCACUUGGCGCAAAUCUCGCGCUGCGCAACGAAGAGACACGACUGCCUCCCACCACCGCCACGACUUCUUUUCCCACGAGCCACCAAAACACCCUCGUGCAGGGUCAUGAUGGAGCAAGCUCGGAUGCUUCUGUCAAGGCACCCAAAGCCGAUGACUCGGAGCCACCCAAGGCCAGUGACGCUGAGCCACCAGAGGACUUGUUCAACCUGUCGCAUUGGCUCGAGACGUUAUCCGAGCUGUACAUGAACAACCUCGACAACCGCGCCAGAUGGGACCCCCGAUGGCUCAACGUCACCCAUCGCGAACGCUAUAGCGGUCUGUCGUCGUCCGCAGUCACCGUCAUUGACUACGUUUCUGGUCACGACAAUGCUGCGGUAGUGACGGCAGCAACGAAGCAGCACCUUGCAGAGCUGCUGCAGAACAGGCCCAAAGCAUGCGGCCUCCGGGUCAUCAUGAUGACUGACCUCAGCCGCUUCACCAUGGGCGCCAUUGGGCAGACGUACAACAUGGACCCCGAGUUCUGGUUCGAGCACCUGGCUAACUCGGGGUACGCCGCGAGCGACAGCCAGCUCAAGGUCAACAAUGCCAUCUGGAUGAACUGGAGCGAACAAGGAACGCGCUUCCGCCAUCACCCGCUGCCCGGCACCGGCCAGCGCACCGAGUGGAACAUUCCGCGCCGCGUCAAGUCGCGGCCGUGGGUGCACAUGAAGUGGGCGCGGCUGGGUCUCCUGCACUACCUGGGCAAGAAGGGAUUCAACGAGGCCGAGAUUGAGGUCCGCCUGAGCGACGGACGGUGGCUGGCGGAGCGAGACGUUGUCCAGGACAAAUGGGGACGGUACAUGACGGCACAGAAACUGGCCAAGGCCAAGGCUCUCGCCGACGCAAAGCAAAGAAAGAAGCAGAGGAAGCAAAAAGGACACUACCCGCCAGCGGCCAGCUCGUCAACGACGGACGCCGUCUUGACGCCGUCCAAGGUCAAGGCCAGCAAUGUCUACCGUUCAUACAGCACCUUUGAAGGCCUGCCCAAGAACUUGAAUUCAUGGUAUAAUAGAGAUUUACGUGUUUUGGCACCCGAAGGUCUCAGCCAUUGGACCGGCUGCGAUGAGGCAGGAGAGAGAGUCAUCGUCCUCGUCUUUGACCCAGCCCGGAAGAUGAAGAAUAUCCAGACCAACGAAUACACGCCUUCCUUGACCUUUAUGCCCAGGGCCAUGGAGAUUGAAAGCUACUCGGACGAGGAGCUCUGGCGCAGCGCCGGCCCCGAAGAGACGUAUCUGGAUCCGCCACCGCCGCCCAUUACCAACAAGCAGAUCAAGGCGCAAAAAAAGGAGGCCACCAAGCAGAAUCUCAAGCAAAAACGCGACGCCCUGCGGAACCGCUUCCGCAGGAAACAGGUCGACGCGGAUCCCUCGCUCCACGAAGAAUCAGGCGGCGGCGACGAGAGCGAUUCGGAAUCUUCGUACACCAGCGACGACGACUAUGACGAGGACUACGAGAAGGAGCUACGGGAAGAGUACGCGAACCCGAAGCCGUACUCGCGCGACCGCGCGUUUGCCAGGAAAUACAGCCUGUCCACGUCGGAGCUGGUCCUCGGCCGCUUACGCACGCUGUCGCCGGCCGACGCUGCCCGGGACGGCGACGCCCUCGUGGCCACGCUGCUGCACAGCCUCGUGCUCGACGAUUUCUGGCGGCUGCUGGCCGAGAUGCGGGCGGAGCUGGACCACCUCGACGGGGACUUUUCCGGCGCGCUCUUCUCGCAGCUCGUCGAGUCGUUUGGCAACUCGGUGCGGCAGAACCUGUGUUGGAUGCGGUGCACCCUGCAGGCGCUGGGCGAGUGGGCGCUGCACCUGCACGCCGCCACCGCCACCUCCUCGACGCCGCACGAUGCCGUCGAGGGUGAGGAGCUCGCGCUGCUCAUCGCCGACGUGCAGGCGCUGCAGCGGCGCGCCGAGUCAACGCUCAGCAUGCUGGCCUCGUCCAUGGGCCUGUCGCAGUCGGCGCUCGUCAUCGACCAGACGUCGGGCAUCAACAAGCUGACGGAGCUGGCCUUUUUCUUUGUGCCGCUGUCCUUUGUCACGUCCAUCUUCUCCAUGCAGGUGCGCGAGGUGCUCGCCGCGCCGCCGCGCCUGUGGACGUGGGCGCUCGCGCUCGCCGUCGUCGGCCUGGUGACGUACCUCGUGCGCAUCCUCGUGCGCUCGCCGUCGGUGCGCGUCGGCAUCCUGCACUGCCGCGCCACCAUCAUCAACCGCUUCUCGUCGGCGCGCUCCGGCGCCGCCGAGCACCGCCUCCACACGGUCGGCAACCGCGCCGUCGCCAAGUUUUGCUUCUUCUUUGCAUGCAUCAUCGUCAUCUACACGACCAUCCUCGUCCUCGGCCUGGUCUUCCUCGCCGUCGUGUAUCUCGGCGUCUGGGCCGGCGCCGCCGGCACGGCCCUCUACUUCAUCGUCACCCGCUGGCCGGACCCGGCCGUGCUGGCGCCCUGCUUUGUCGCCCUGCCCUUGGCCGCGGCCGGCAUGUGGCUGUCGUGGCUGUGGUCCGAUGAGCUGACGGAGUGGACCGUCGACCUGAUGAUAAAGGUGGCUCUGCGCUUGGUGGCUGUGUUUCCGGAGAAAUGGAGGCUGGACAGUGUCGAUGACGAUGAUUUAUCGCGAGAGGGAAUCAAUACGUAUGCCAGACAAGCACUCACAUUGGCUACGUAG